AUGAUGCUACCCCAAAUUGUAGUUGUCCAUAGAUUGCCUCCAAAGAAAAGGAUAUCAACUUCAUAUGCGAUAGAGAGAAAGAAAGUUGAUGAUCGCAGAAGAAAAGCCGGAAGAUUGUAUUUUUAUAUGGAAAAAUUAUUAAAUUCAACUCCUGGAGUAAAGAAUAUGACUGAUUUACGUAAUUUAACAGCUUCCAUAGCAAGCCUAUUAAAUCUCAAAAUUGAUCGUGCCGCAAAAAGAUCUAAAGAGGCAUUGACAUGCUGGUUAUGCGAAAACUGGGAUAGGAUACAAAAUGAAUAUAUUCCAUCACCUCAAAAUUUAACAAACCCGAUAAAAUUACAAAAUUUAGAAAAAUAUCAUAAUGAAACACAGAACGAAAAUGAAAAAGUUGCUGAUAUAUUUGAUAUUAACGAUGACUUAUUCUCAAACUUAUUGUUUGAUUAUAAUAAUGAAGAAUUUAUUGAUCAAUUCAUUAAUGAAGGUCUUUCCUUUAUUUAA